GAAUGCGCAAUUGGACAUAACCAACUGAAUUCAAGUGGAAAUAGCCCCCUCAUGUGGGCCAUACAGAAUAAGCAUUGUGGAGCUGUAAAGGAACAAAGAAUAUACCACUGUGGAAAGAAAAAAAACGAAUUGCAUGAAAAUAUGAGGAAAGAUUUAUUGCAAAUGUCCCUCUUGAAGGACGAAUACCAGCUAAGCGCUCAUGUCAAAAAUAAAAUAAACUAG